CGGUUUUCUCCGAGGAAAGCGCGCGCGUAUGCAUCUUCAGCCUGUCUGUGCGGUUUUCCCCUGUUCAGUUGGUUGCUAGAGCUACCACUAGUAUUUUGGCACACAGGCGAACGGUUAACGGCGUGGUUCCAAGUGAGAAGUUCUGUGUCUGUUUUCUCAAGAAGAAUAUUACACUACUGCGUGUACUGGUCAGCUGUCUGUUGAAUUACAGUUUGAUCAGUGGCACGGUUCGGAUGUUCUGAGAGUUCGAAAAGUGCCCCGGAAAUAGUGCCAUUAAUCCUUCACUCACAGUGCGAAGUGCGUGCAAACCGACAAAUCAACAAAUUCAAACGAAUGGAUUUUGUUAUGAAGUGUUGAAGUUAUUUCGGCGAAAUCGGCAUGGAAGCAGCACUGGGCGAGCUGUUGUGAAUGUGUAUGGUGGUCGGAAGGGGUAGCGGGAUUAAAAUUCUAUCACGAUGUGUGGCUCACAUGAGCGAAACAUAACAUUUAAAUUUAUAAUAUAAACAGAUUUUCCAGCUAUAAAUUUAGUAUUCGACGGCAGUUAUGAUGUUUCGCAGUAUUUUUUUUGGUGAUCAUAUGCAGGAAAAGCGUGUGUCAAGUACCCGCCACCGGAGCAACCUUGACACGAUGUGUUUACCGUAAAAGCGGAGUAGUACGGUCGUAAGUGAAAAUUAUGAUGUAGAGAGAACAGCCAAACAAAAACAAAUACUACAAGAACUGUGAGAGUAACCUCCCGCUAGUGUAAAUAGGAAACCGAGAAAUGAAACGGCAACCAAAGUGCGAAAUACCUCCAGCCAUUACAAGACAAUUGCUCGGCAAGUUCACGAACCGUACCGUUGGGAAAAUGUAAGCCGUGUGAAAAGUGCAAUAGCCUCUCGUGAAACGCGCAGAGUGAACAGAUUCGCCGGAACGUGUGGAAGAAUCCUGCCAGGAUUUGAAAUAUGGCCGAAAAAUGGCGAACGGCCAUUAUGAAAAUCCGGAAAGGCUUGGCUAUAAAAAAUGCAGAAGACAACGGGCCUACGAAAAAAGACCCUGCUAGUUCCGAUACGCUUUUCGACGGUGAACAACCGAGUCUAGAGGAGAUUCGCAGCUGGGGCAAAAGCUUCGACAAGCUGAUGCGGAGUCCCAGUGGGCGAAAGGCAUUCCGAGAGUUCCUUCGCUGCGAAUAUAGCGAGGAAAAUAUACUCUUCUGGCUGGCCUGUGAAGAGCUCAAAAAGGAAACUAACCCCGAGGCGAUAGAGGAGAAAGCUAGGUUUAUCUACGAAGAUUAUAUAUCGAUUUUAUCACCGAAAGAGGUGUCGUUAGAUUCUCGAGUACGAGAAAUAGUUAAUAGGAAUAUGGUGGAACCCACACCGCACACAUUUGACGAAGCUCAACUACAAAUUUAUACACUAAUGCAUAGAGAUUCGUACCCGAGAUUUAUAAACUCACCACAAUUCAAAACCCUGGCACAAAUACCGGAUGGUGUUUCCGCGUCUGGUUCAACGGCGGAGAGUCCUAGCAAUUAGGAGGAAGAUGGCAGAUGGCCGGACGAGGGUGGGUGAAGGAACAGUGAUCGCGUGCAACGGACAAACAUGUAAUUUAUUUAAAAUAAACGCUACAGAAAAUUAUCGACAAGGGAGAGAGUCGGAAGAAGCGGGGGACAUCUGGAUGGAAAUAAUCAUAUUAACAAGCAUUAAUCGAAGUUUUAAACAAUAAAGAGCGACGGGACGGGACGCGAUUGCGAAGGUAACAAGAGAAAAAUGUGACCCAAAUAGAACACUAUGAUUAGUUAUUUAAAAUAAAGAAUGCAGAUUAAAACAUUAAAGAAAAACAACAAAAAGGCAAAUAAAAUUAAAUUUUAUAUAAACAUUAUACAACUUGACGAAAAUGGAUCGAAAUAGUGUUCCCUCCGGGAGGUUAAGAGCCGUUGGGAGGGAGAGUUACAGAUAUGAUACACGUAAUUCACUGAUCAUUUUAAGCGUUACUGUAAAUUAUAGAUGGACGUUAAUAAACAAAAAUGAAGAAACAAAUAAUAAACAGAAAUGAAAUAACCCCAAGCAGAAAGCAUGCUCUAAACGAUGUAAUCAAUAGCCAAAAAAAGAGGAAACAAAUUAUAUAUACAUGAAUUACAUGAAACAUUAUUCAACACAAAGGCAGGAUUUCAGUUUUUAAACUAAGAAACAAACGACAAUGAAGCAUAGGGAAAUCAGUUCUCCAUCUAUUUUUUCAUUAGUUAGCUUCAUAUUUUGGUCAUCUUUUUUCAAGUUACAAAAUAGAUUAAAAUUCUAAGCUAACAAAAAGAAAACUUAUCACACGAAGAAGGAUACACAUCAAACCAAAAAUAGAGAACACUCUCAAUCACACGCACCCACAGAUUAAAAGAGUCAUUAUUUUUCUCACUUUUGAUGAAUCGAAAAACAAGGAUGGAAAACGUGAACAUUAUCAAACGUGGAAGAACGUUACAAUACUUUUACACUUUAUGUGAAACGAGCAGCACAAAGUUAAAUGUAAGACCUAAUUAGAUGAAAUGGGAAAGGAAACAUAGUUUAUCUUUAUCUAUUGAAAAUCUUUAUCUUAAAUACCUACAAACCAAACAAAAGAACAUAGUGAAAUGAAUCAACAAUUGCUUUAACGUUCUGUGUUCUGCUGAAACAUUUAAGUAUUACCCACAUUUUUUAAACUCGUAAGCCUGAAAAUGACUACUGUUAAAGCAACUGCUAUUUAUAAAUCGUUGAAAAUUUUAUAGUUUUGAUAUGUACCGAUCGUUUUAUUCGUUUUCCGUUUACUCAAGUGUCUGUUAAUUAGCUCAAUUUCCGGAAAGAACUCAGAAUGAGUUCUUUUUCUAGUUUUUGUUUUACGUUACAUUUUUACGAAGGCCUAUUCGAUUUUAUGAUAUAAUGCAUAAGGUUCAUGCGCUCUAUUGUUAGUUAAAAAUCAAAUGAUGAGGUAUUCUAGUCAAACAUAAGGAAGAAUCCAAUGAACAAGUGUGUAUUGUUUUAGGAUAACCGAUUAACUGACAUCGUCCUUAAAACGGGAAUAGAAAGCACACAAACCCAGCAAACGCCCACACAAUCCAACUCUAGUCUCGUAGCCUGGCAGAGCGAGGGAAGAUGUUGAAAAUGUUUUCGAAUCGUAGUCGAACGUAUAUUUUUUCUACCCCUCAUGAGUAGCUAAGCAGGAGAAAAUCCUACAUCCUCUCACCCUCAAUUGUUAAAACACGAAAGAAUAUAAGCAAAAAAAAAACUAUUGUUGUCGUCUUUAGCGAAAUAAAGUGUACAUUCUAGACAAAAACCCCCGUUCAACAACAAAGAACAAAACCCAUGCAAACAACAUACGCAUGAAGAACACGAACAAACAUCAUUCUAUGGCCCAACUACUACUAGGAUAGAUUAGACGGAGAAUCAAAUUUCAGCGAGAAUCCUUCUAAUAUAAGCAUCUCUUACGCGCAGCGUACGGCGAUCAGUGUCCCUGCAGUUCAGCUUUCGGUUUUAAUUAAAUGCCACUGUUCAAUCGGAAAUUUUGCCUAAAUCGGUUGCAAUCACUUCCUCAUGACCCAUAUUUUACACCACAGUAGCAAUAGUUAACAUACAAAGUAGACACUAUCACUUUUAAUGCAGAAAAGAAAAAUCGCAGACGACUGUUCGCCGGGUGCUGUGUCUGAACACGCAAUAAAACAAAAAAAAGUUUAAAAUAAGAACAAGAAUAGUCCAACAUAUACAAAUUUGUGUGUAAACAUUUCUGUUUCCAAUUAUUUACACAGUUUCAUCGCUUUUUGGUUCGAGUGAAAUGUUCAAAUAAAGAAAAAACGAGAAAAGAAAACAAAUAACAAGAAGCAAACUUUUAUAACACAUUAAUUAGGAGGUGAAGAACACGGUCUCGUAAGUAAAUAAACAAGAACAAGAAACCUAUAUUCAAGCAAAACUUUUAUACGAGAUAAGGUUUUACAAAUUGUAAUUAUAAACGGAAACUGAACAACGGCGACUUGGACCAGUCGCAAUCAGAGUAAAUCACACAACAUGACCGUUUAGAAGAACAAACGAGCAACAACAAAAAUCGUGUUUAAUUGCAUUUUUAUCUAUUUAUUUCGUUUGAGUUUUACGUGUGAUGGCCACCAGUUGUUUUCGUUAUAUUUUGUUCCAGUUUACAGCUGUGACCAGGAUCGUGUAAGUGGUAGCAAUGAUAGUUUUUAGAUCGUGUUACUUUGCAUACAGUGUUCAGUUCUCUGUUUUAGUAAACAUUCAAUCGAACAACAACGUAGUGAAAGGAUGCUAAUUUUCUUACUUGCAUACUUUUAUAUAGUAUUUAUUCAAAGAUGAACCAGAUAAAACUACAUUAACAAUUAGCUGAAGUAAGAAAGUAAAUAAUAAAAAAAGAUAAAAAAAAAUAUCGCAAACUUGUUGUUUAUACUUCGAUUUCAUAUGAAAAAAAGGAAAGUAAUGUAAAACCAAAAACAGUAAAAUGAACACUUAAAUAUGCACCAACAGAGAAGGAUUAAAGGAAAA